UAUUAUAUGCAUAUGUUUAGGAAACGAGUUUAAGACACAUGUGUUCUCACAGAUGUUACUCGUUGAUAUGUCGUAGGUCUCGUUUUAAUAUACUAACCUCCUGAGGAAAAAAAAACUUGUGCUUGUCUUUGCGCUUCACAGGAGAAACCAGAGUCGUUAGCCGUGUCAAUUUCGCAGCGGAGAAGAAGAAGUUGCGCCGGAAGUACAUUUUCAUGUCUUCAAAAUAGAACUAUCGUUGCCAGUCAAGCGUUUCAUCGCAAUACAGCUUUUGCAAAUUGAUUUUACUUUGACAGUCAAAACCGGAAAUUUUGAUUCCGCCUCGCGCUAGCUUAACUGUUUGUCCGACUUUACGCGUUUCAGGCGGAGUUCAGGUCUUAAAACAUUUGGCCAACUUCUUCACCUCUCCACUUCUUCGCUCACAUAUUUGAAAUGAGAUACAUUUUCCCCGGGCCGCCUUGGAGGAGUAACAACUCAUGGAAUAUUUAAACUUCAUGGCACAUUUUUGACACUUUUCUGGGCUCAUUAAGCAGCCCUUUUUUCUCUGCAGUGGAAGCGCUCCCGGGACAGGAGACUUUUUCUGGUUUGUAACUUUACAGUUUUCCCCACCUUGUCGGAUUUUUGGGGCGCACAUGCGAUGUCAUGGACUAUUAAAAGAAGAAAGACAUGUUUGUGUCUAGUUUUGUGGUUUCCGUACGAAGGUGUUAUUUGAGUUUAUUAUUUUAAAACCAGUUGAGUAACUGGCGACAGGACUCUAUAAUCAAUGUGGUGUCAGCUGGAAGGACGCGGGGUCCGGAUCUCACCUAAACGCUGAUACGUCUUGGGAGUGAUGCACUGGCUUCCCCUGGUUGCCAUGGUGAUUGCCUCGGCCCUGCCCUUCCCUCACAACCCCGUGUCCAGGAUUGCCGCCGCAACGACAGAGCCUGGCUUCGACAACCGCAGAGAGCCCCAUCAUGCUCGCCUCGCGGCCCCCCCUGUGGACUACAACUUCCAUGGAAAUGCCUCCUUGCAAACGGACUACAACAUGGCUGCUGCUCUUAGCCAACACACCAACAGACAAAACCUCCAGAACCAUAGGGAUUAUGUGAAAUCCUCCGUAGAUGAAGAGACUUCCACGUUCAAAGUGGACAAUCAGGCAACCUUCCAAUCCAAUAGCAACUCAGGCAGCGAUGACAGAAGCGGUGUCACUGUGGACGUUCCCACAGAAGGAGGAACACUCAGGACCGAGGAUGUUUCCCAGGAUAAUUCUCGACCAAAGGAUUACAAAGCUGAAAGCAGCAGCAGAAGCAGGCGAGAUUACUCAAGUUUUGCUGACUUUUCCAAGAAGGACAAUCUUCAGGACUCUACAGAAAGACUGUUGCUGGUUUCCACAGCGAAAACCCAUAAUGCAGUCAGUCCUGCUGCUGAUCUAAAGGGUCAAAGAGGACCAGAACCAACUGUUUCCUCGGAGACGCUCAGAAAUUCACCCACGAUCGGGAUGGGAAGCACGUGGACACCAGGGGCCGAAAGAGGUCGAACCGAGAUGAACUUGGAGGCAGGGCUUGGUCUUGGGACCGUGUUGGAAAAUAUCUUUGAAGGAGACGAGAUGUUUCUGGAUGCACAUCCGCGAGUCUUGUUCUCACCGUCCCCGUCGCCUCCAGAACACCCGCCUCUCCUGCUCAUGCUGGAGACCGGCAUGCUGGAGGAGGACAGGGAGGAGCAGGAGGACAUGGACGGACACAUAGAGGGUCACGGGGAUCGAGCGAUCGAUAGGAGCACAACUCUGAGUUGGGCUGACUCUUCUCGAGUCACAGAGGCUGCCCACCCUGUCAGAAGGGAUAAACGCUCACAUUUAAUCGACAGACGGAGAGGCGAAAAGUCGGUGUGCGAGUCGGAAAGUGUUUGGGUCACCGACAAAAAGACUGCCAUUGACUCCCACGGGCAGAAGGUCACCAUCUUGCAAGAGAUCCAGACGCAGACAGGGCCACUCAAACAGUACUUCUAUGAGACUCGCUGCAGAGAGGCCGAGCAGCCGAGCAACGCCGGCAGGUCAAGGGCUGGCGCCGCUCUGAGACCUGCCGGGACAGGCGUAGCUGGGGCCGGCUGCUUGGGCGUGGAUAAAAAACAAUGGGUGAGCGAGUGCAAAGCCAAGCAGUCGUACGUCCGAGCCCUCACAAAAGACGCUAACAACAGAACAGGAUGGAGGUGGAUUCGCAUCGACUCGUCCUGCGUGUGUGUGCUGCUGUCCAGAACCAAUCAGGCGCUUGGGAGGGAGGUCUUGACGAGGAAGGGGAGAGGCUGAGAGAGAGGAAGGGGGAGAUAAAGAGAGAAGGCAAGAAGUAGAAAGUGACACAGAGCAGAUGGCUGUGACAUCCUUGUGUGUGCACAUCCUUAAACAUGACUUCUCUCUCUCCUCCAUCACAACUUCAAAAGACUUUUGCAAAAAACAAGAAGACCUCAACACUAGAUCUUAGGGAAAAAUGUCACAUAGAGAUUUGACUUUAAAAAGUACUGUUUUUGUAUGAUGUAUCUACAUAAUCUAAGUUAUUUUUGAUUAGUAUGUAAGCAUGUGUAUGUCUUUGAUAUUAAUAUAUUCCUUUAUAUAUGUGUACAAUAUGACACCAGUAUACCUUUAUGUAUGAAGAUAUGUAUAUCUGUGUGUAUUUAUAGAAGAAGUCUUCAUGGAGUGGUAGGUCUCUCCAGUGUCUGAUGAUAAUUCCAGCCUCUGGGCCGCUCAGGUUGUGAGAGGAAGGAGCGCCACCUACUGAGGCUCCGUUUUACUGCUCCACACUGUCCCCAGAUGGAUUAAUGUGACAGUGCUUUUAGAUACAGAAACUACAGCAUGGGCAAUCUUUAGCACGGUUUCACUCAGGCUGAUGAUUUGACAGUUUUGUAGCAGGAAAACAUCUCCGUCUGUAGAACAUGUUCGAUGUGGUUCAUGAAUGCAAACCCAUGUGGUUUGUAAAUUAUACAACACCUAAACAAGCUAAUUUUAACAUCUGUUGGUUUGUUCAGUUUGCCUGCCAAAAUGUGGUAAUAAAGGAUCUUUGUACUCGGCAAAUUAUUUUCACACAAAUUAACUGAUGGAAAUGUGCAGAAUUUCAUUCUCAAAGCACUCUGGGAUUCAUCUUGCAAAAGGAGAGUUAUCAGGGGGGACUGUACUUUAUUUAUCAGGGGAGCUGGGGCGUGACUUUUUUGUUGUUGUUUUUUUAAUAUCACCACCCUCCCCAGAGCAAUAAAAAAUAUUUCUCCUCAAGCCUCCCUGAUGAACUGGGGAAAAUGCAUGACCCUCCCUCCACCAUUAAUAAAUAAAUACCCAUA